AUGCAGAACAUAGGCGUAGGGGAUCCAAAAGAGAGAAUCAAAAGCCUAAUCGAAAAGGCUCAACUAGUUUCAGCCUCAGCAUACGACACCGCAUGGGUUGCCAUGGUUCCAACUCCUGCUAAUAAAUAUUAUUCACAGCAGCAGCAAGUCCCUUACUUCCCAGGAUGUGUGAAGUGGAUAUUAGAGAACCAACAAAACGACGGGUCGUGGGCCAAUCCUGCUGCUCCAAGAGACCCUCUGUUGAUGAAGGACACUCUUUCCUGCACUUUAGCUUGUGUUCUUGCUCUCAAGCGCUGGGGCAUUGGUCACCAACACAUUCACGACGCAAUUGGGUUUGUGGAGCGGAAUUCCAGCUGUCUGACGGAUUCAAGGCAGCACACUCCAAUCGGGUUCGACAUCAUCUUUCCCUCCAUGAUUCAAACAUGCACACAGGAUUUUGACCUGAACAUCCACCUGGAAUCUGCAAACAUCGACGCCAUGAUCCGUGCAAGAGACUUGGCGCUCAAUAGCCGCAGCUCAUCAUCAUCCCGCUCCCAUGGCGGCCGUGAUGCCUACUUGGCCUACAUCUCUGAAGGAUUAAUUGGGAACCCUAGUCAUGGUUACUGGGACGCAAUGAAGUUCCAGAGGAGCAAUGGCUCCAUUCUCAACUCUCCGUCUGCCACCGCCGCAGGGUUCAUCCGGUUUCAGGACCGUGACUGCCUUCGCCAUCUCCGAUCACUGGUCGGCGACAACCCUAAGGAUAGCACGGCAGCCAUUUACCCACCCGGAAUUCAUGCUCGACUCAGCCUGAUCGACGCAGUUGAGAGCCUGGGAGUUCGUCGUCAUUUCGAAGAAGAAAUGAAGAGCGCGUUGGAGGAGAUCCACAGAUGCUGGCAGCGAGAAGACGAAGAGAUAUUCCUUGACCCCACCACUUGUGCCAUGGCCUUCCGACUACUGCGACUCAAUGGAUACCAUGUUUCUGCAGAUGUGUUCGAAUCAUUCAGAGAAGAUUCGUUCUGGAAUGAGACGAUGGAAGGGUAUCUAAGAGACGACAAGGCAGUGUUGGAGUUGCACAAAGCCUCCCAAGUCAUUUACUCGGGGGAGUCUAUUCUUGAUCACCAGCAAAAAUGGACACGACUCUACCUUUCUCACUUGCUCCAACAACAAGAAUCAACAACUGCAGCAGCAGGUUAUGACGACGAAUCUGAUGACGGAACUAGUCAUCCUCUCCGCAAAUCCAUCCUUACAGUGAAUAGUAUACUCAUUAUUAACUUCCUCGACUUGGUCUACAGAUGGGAUCCCAAUGGGCCAAAAGUGGAGUUCGCAUCAGAGCGAGUUGAAACGUUAUACUGGGCACUUCACGGCACCAUUAUUGAGAAUGCCGAGAAAGCAGCUGCUAUCCAGGGCCGCAAUGUCAUGGACCAUGUCGUUGAACUGUGGGUGGCGAUGCUGAGAGGAAUGCACAAGGAAGCAGAGUGGGCGAGAAGUUCACACCUCCCUACGCUUGAAGAGUACAUGAGCAACGCCUCCAUUACAAUCGGAGUGGGAGCAUUCCUAGUCCCUUCUCUCUACCUGGCUGGCCAUAAGCUUUCACAAGACCUGGUUCAGGGUCCCAAGUUUCAGUCGCUGUUGGCAGCCACUAGCACUUCCAGCCGUUUGUUGAACGAUUGCAGAGGAUUUGAGAGAGAGGCUGAACAAGGGAAAAUGAACGCAGUGGUACUGAGAAUGAAUGAGAUGAUGAUCAGCAAGGGAAUCGGAGAAGGUGGUGACGUUGAAGCCAUCAACAAUUAUUAUCAGCAAGCGGCCAUUGAAAAGGCCGAUAGCUUAACAGAGGAUCUUACACGACAAGUGCUGGAAUCGGCUCUGAUCGACGAAAAGAAUUGCAAUAAUAGUGGUGAUCAAAUCCCCAAGGAAAUCACGGGGACGUUCUGGAAAUUGGUCCGAGUGCUCAACUUUUCUCGCAACCCAGACCCCCAAUUUCUCAGGCACCUCAACUCCCCUGACGGCUCGUCGGCUCCCGUCGUCGGUGCACUCUUCCCCCAGCAGAGCGUUGGCGUAGGGGAUCCAAAAGAGAGAAUCAAAAGGCUGAUCGAAAAGGCUCAACUAGUUGCAGCCUCUGCAUACGACACCGCGUGGGUUGCCAUGGUUCCAACUCCUGCUACUAAUAGCUAUUAUUCACAGCAGCAGAAAGUCCCUUACUUCCCAGGAUGUGUGAAGACUCGCUUAGAUAUAUUUGUUUUGGUGUACGUAGCAAUUGGGUUUGUGGAGCGGAAUUCAAGCUGUCUGACGGAUUCAAGGCAGCAGACUCCAAUCGGGUUCGACAUCAUCUUUCCCUCCAUGAUUCAAACAUGCACACAUGAUUUUAACCUAAACCUUCACCUGGAAAAUGCAAAUAUCGACGCCAUGAUUCGUGCAAAAGACUUGGCGCUCAAUAGCGUACGCAGCUCAUCAUCCCGCUCCCAUGGCGGCCGUGAUGCCUACUUGGCCUACAUCUCUGAAGGAUUAAUUGGGAACCCUAGUCAUGGUUACUGGGACGCAAUGAAGUUCCAGAGGAGCAAUGGCUCCAUUCUCAACUCUCCGUCUGCCACCGCCGCAGGCUUCAUUCGGUUUCAGGACUCCAUUUACCCACCCGGAAUCCAUGCUCGACUCAGCCUGAUCGACGCAAUUGAGAGCCUGGGAGUUUGUCGUCAUUUCGAAGAAGAAAUCAAGAGCGCGUUGGACGAGAUCCACACAUGCUGGCAGGGGGAAGACGAAGAGAUAUUACUUGACCCAACAACUUGUGCCAUGGCGUUCCGAAUACUGCGACUCAAUGGAUACCAUGUUUCUGCAGAUGUGUUCGAAUCAUUCAGAGAAGAUUUGUUCUGGAAUGAGACGAUGGAAGGGUAUUUGAGAGACGACAAGGCAGUGCUGGAGUUGCACAAAGCCUCCCAAGUCAUUUACACGGGGGAGUCCAUUCUCGAUCACCAGCAAAAAUGGACACGUUACUCCAACUCUGGGUGUGAGUUGGAAGACUUGCAGAACCUAGCUCUAGAAGAUUUCACCAACCUUCAGUCGUCGUACCAGCGCGAACUACACCAUCUAAUGCUGUGGCUUGAAGAGAAAGGGUUGGCUGAGCUGAGGUUGGCGAAGGUGAGGACCAAGUAUUGUUACUUCAGCGCCGCAGCAACUUUCUCCGAUCCUCAACUCGUGGAUGCCCGCAUGCUGUUCACAAAACACGCCGUGCUGAGUUUAGUUCUAAUUAAUCAUACAAGUUACUUCGUCUACAGGUGGGAUCCCAAUGGACCAAAAGUGAAGUUUGCAUCACAGCAAGUUGAAACAUUAUACUGGGCACUUCAUAGCACCAUUGUUGAGAAUGCGGAGAAAGCACUCGCCAUCCAGGGCCGUAACGUUAUGGAUCACGUGGUUGAAUUGUGGGUGGCAAUGCUGAGAGGAAUGCAUAAAGAAGCAGAGUGGGCGAGAACAAACACAUUACUCCCUACACUUGAUGAGUACAUGAGCAACGCCUCUAUCACACUUGGCGUGGGAGCCUUCCUACUCCCUCCUCUCUUCUUGGCUGGCCAUAAGCUUUCACAAGACCUGGUUCACAGUCCAAAUUUCCAGUCGCUUUUGGCAGCCACUAGCGCUUGCGGCCGUUUGUUCAACGACUGCAGGGGAUUCGAGAGAGAAGCGAAAGAAGGGAAAUUCAAUGCAGUGAUAGUGAGAAUGAAUGAGAUGAUGGUCAGCAAGGGAGUCGGAGAAGGUGGUGAUGAAACAAUAUUCCAUUAUCAGCAAGCGGCCAUUGAAGAGGCCCAUGGCUUCGUAGAGGAUCUUACACGACAAGUACUGGAACUGGGUCUGGACGAAAAGAGUGAGAUUCCCAAGGAGAUAAGGGAGACAUUCUGGAAAUUGAUCCAAGUGCACUACUUGCUUUACACCAAGGAGGAUUUGUACCAUGCCAGUGCCAAACUGGUUCAAGUUGUGGACUCCCUGUUGAACCAGCCCGUCUCUCUUUAG